AUGAUGGUGACAACGUCGCCAGGCGCCAACGCAUCAAGUCGAGCCAAAAAAUCAUUACGUACCACCAUAAUGCGAAGUAAACGAACACGCAAGUACAAUUCAUCCCUUCAACUCGUAAAUGAAAGGACAGAGCGAAUCCGAUUUCGUGUAAUUGAAAUGAUGACUUUCUUCUUUAUCGCCAUCGUCUUUUUGGCUUCGGCCAGUAAUUCAUUUGUCUUCGACAGAACCAUACAGUCUCGUGGUGUGUUGAAGCUCAAACUCGCUGCCAAGCAACAGAAGGGGAGCAAUGCCCGAGGGUUUGGAAGAGCAUCAAACAGUCCGAGCACAGCGUCGAAACUUGUGGGAAAAGAUCCUGCUUCUUCCCCGCCCAGCACACCAGAAUCUACGCUGUCGGAACCAUUCUUGCAGUCGGUAGAGAAGGGAGGGUCCAGCCGUACACCUAGUAUGGACGACGUACCACCAGAAGAGCGCACUAAGAAAAUUCUUCGCGAAAAAUACGGUCUCAAGUCCUUAGAAGAGCAACAGCUUGAUGCAAAGCAGUUAGAAAUGUUACAAGAGCGCCGGAAAAAGAUGACUGAAUGGAAGAAGCAAAUUGAAUUAGACGAAGAUUUGGACAUAAUGGCAAUGAUACCCGGGCCUAUUCUGAUUGCUGUUGAUCGAUUCCUUAAAGUUGGUCUGGCACUUUCAAGUCUUCUCUUUGUUGGGGCUGGAUUAGGAAUUACCGUAGAAGCUUGGAGCAAAACGAGUGGAGAGCCUCUACCAGAAAACAUUGACAAUUUUAUCGUGAAUGUUGUGGAACCGAACUUUACUACAGGCUUGCUAGUACUUCUAGGAUUUUCUAUAUCUUUGGGGGCAUUUGCGGCGGCUCAGCUCAGUUCACAAGGGGCGCAGUACAAAGAAGACUAGACUAACGCACUGUAAAUGAGAAUUUUGUGUCGUC